AUGGCGGGGGAAAGGGCGGGCGAGGAUGCGAAGGAAGCCAGCUACACAGCUGCAAUUCAGAGACUUAAAACCCUUCUGAAAAUCAGGAUACGGGGAGAAAGCACUCGCUACCGCUUUGUCAUCCAAACCGACUGCCCCAUCACCCCCACUGGGAACCAGGAGCUGAUUUACUGGGCCUCCUCAGUGGAGGAGGGGGGCAGGAAGGCUAAGUCACUGGCCUCCAUUCAGUAUCAGAGAUGGCACUUCUGUGGGGGUGCCCUGGACCAACGCUCUGUGCUGACAGCAGCCAGCUGCUUCCAGAGCCGGAACCCCAGAAUCGCCACCGUGGUGCUGGGGGCCUAUGACCUGAGGCAUCGAGAGAGUUCCAGGCAAACAUUCUCCAUCAGGAGCAUCCGCAAGAAUGGCUACCAUCCUCGGGAGCACUUGAAUGACCUGCUGCUGCUGCAGCUGGAGGGGGAGGACAACUUCACCAGCAGUGUGGCCCUGGUACUGCGGCCCUAGCAGAACGCCAUGGUGGAAGCCAACCCCAGCUUCCGGGUGGCAGGCUGGGGAAUCCAAUGGCACAGGCCCUAUGCCAUAGGGGUUAUCUCCAGUUUCCCAAGGGUCCCCAAUGCCACCAUGACCCCCUUGGACCAGUGUCACCCCAACAAUGUGUGCACUGGCAUUUUACCUGCUGGGGUGGCAUCUGCCAGGGUGCCCCUCAUCUGUAACGGUCUGGCGUGUGGUGUAGCCUCCUCGAUGGAGCCCUGUGGCAGGGGCCCCAACUUCCUCACCGGAGUGGCCCUCUUCCAAGACUGGAUACUGGCUCUAUGUGGGCGCCCCAAAGCCGCCCACGGCCCCCGGGAGCCCCCGACGCUCACCCAAACCGACUGA